CGAAUUUCUCUUUUCAAAAUGAACAAGAUCUUGGAGAAGGCUCCUACGGCCAACCAGGUCAUAUGAAGGACCUCAGUUUGGAUGAAGACAGCGAUGGCGUAGAUGCUCCUCGAGCUGCACAAUGGGUGGACGACAAUGACACCAGUGGUAGUGGCGAAUCAGCAGCCGAAGACAGCUCAACGGAAGCUUCAUCAUCCAGAUUGAAAACCCUGCAAAGCAACCUUUCAAAUCUACCCCUUGGGGCACUCCGGAAAGCACAGCGUGUGUUAAAGCAGGUUGAACCGAUUAGCGAUUCAGAUGACUCCAGCGGAGAUGAACUUGAAGAUGAUACUGGCGAGAGUGAGUCUGAGCACGAGCCUGGGUUGGGGAGUUCGAAAGGGAAAGAGUGGAGCGUUAAGCCAAGAUUCGAUAUAUCCAAACGUUCAAGUAAACACGCACCCACGGAGGUUACUUCCAAGAGGCCUGUAACGCGAAGACGGACUGUGGUUGAAGUUCCAAAGCUUGUAGCUCGAGAUCCACGCUUUCUUCCAACUGCAGGCGAAUUUGCUGAGGAGAAGUUUCAAAAACAAUAUGCGUUCCUCACUGAUGCUCACAAAACCGAGUUGCGGACGUUGCGGGAAAAUUUGAAACGUGCACGGAAAUUUUUAGCAUCUUCACCACGGGAACACCGCGAGGAAAGAGAACAGGAAGUUUACAGGCUAGAGCAGGCAGUGAAACGGACGGAAAGUCUGGUCAAUAAGGACCGACUAGACCAAGUUUUGCGCGAGGCUCUCGGGAAGGCGACGAAGGAGGAGAAAACGAAACGCAAGCAAGGCAAAGGCGGAUGGUGGAUGAAGGAAUCGGAUAAGCGGGAGCUGUUGACGCAAGCUCGGUAUGAAGCACUUGCAGCUGAUGGUGGGAGCAGGGCUGUAAAAAAGGCUAUUGAAAAAAAGCAGAAGAAGGUGAGCCAGAAAGAGAAAAAAUCGAGACCAUAUCCGCCUUCCCGAAAGAAACGGAGAGUAGAGUAGCGUGGGAGAACAUAAAAAAA